UAUAUGUUGAAUAGGGUUGCAAAGGGUCUCAAAAAUGGCGACUGUUAACUCCUUCCGGCAUUGAGCACUCGUACUAAUAUGUGCUUUUGACAUUAUAAACAACAAUUAUCUAAUAAAUCUAGCCUGCAAUUCUUCACAGCAAUAUUUACUCCAAAAAAGUCAGUGGUCAUUCGAAAAGUGUAAACACUAAUCACGUCGGUAUUAAAGUGACAGUAAAUAUAAAUAAAGUAUUAUAAAUCCUUUCAAUUUCCUUCGGUGACAUUAUAACCUAACAAGCUUAUUACGUUUUUUAAAAUUUCCCUUUUCCCGACGAUGGCAAUGAAUGAAAAUUUCAAUUACUCCGAAUUGUGUCGUCUGUGCUCAUUAAAAUCUAAUCAUCAGCUCCAAAUUUUUGACAAAGAAGGCGAGCAGAGGCAAAUACUUUUUAAAAUUCGCACUCUCAUUGGCUCUGUGACAACAAAAGAGGAUGUCCUGCCGAAAAAUAUUUGCCAGAAGUGUCUCUAUAAAUUGGACAUGUUUUUCGAAUUUCGGGCGAGCUGUAUGGCUACUGAGACUGUUUUAAAAAAUUACGCCGAUACAUUGAAGCAACUUGCACAGUCAGUCAGCAAUCAGAACGAUAAAGACAAAAUGUCGACAAGCGGGCAGCAGCAACAGCAACGUCCCUCAUACGUGGAAGCACAUGCAGCAGCGCAUACGACACUGCAACAACACAUGGCUCAGCAAGUAGCUCAAGCGAGACUCUCUGGUCCAGGACUCCCUUCAGCACCCCAACCACUUAAUCCUACUUUCACGUUGCCGGAUGAUGGCCUGGGUUACGACGAUGGACACCGAGUUCUCCGGUCGAUUGGCACGUGGUCUCCAGAUUAUUCAGCAGCGAUGGCCCGACCAAGCGGAGUGAUGUCUGUGUUUCCAGGUACCACAGAUCAGCAAUUCUCAAAUAAUCGAGGCGUGACAAUAAACCAGCCAUUAAGAACGACAAAUAAUGUAGGUGGUGUUCGUCCUGGUUCUGUAUCGAAGGCAACAAACACUGGGGAGCCAACGACCAAAGCAUUCGCUUGCACAGUCUGUGGUAAAGGCUUAGCUCGCAAGGAUAAACUUGUUAUACACAUGCGUAUACAUACUGGCGAAAAACCCUACUCGUGUGAAGUUUGUGGCAAAGCGUUUGCUCGACGUGAUAAACUUGUAAUUCACAUGAAUAAACUGCGACACAGACCGGGGGUCACUCCAUUAUCAACGCCUACUGCUCCUAAUACCGACCAACAGCAACAGCAACAACAGCAACAACAGCAGCAACAGCAACAACAACAGCAACAACAACAGCAACAACAACAGCAACAGCAACAGCAACAGCAACAGCAACAACAACAGCAGCAGCAACAGCAACAACAACAAUUACGUAGAGAAGUUUCUGUUCAUAAAUUGAAAGAAGAACCUCUUACUUACGUUUGCGAAAUUUGCAGUAGAGUGUUUACCGUCAGAGAAGAAUGGACGCAGCAUGCACGAUCCCAUUUAGUCGACGCCCCAGCCCAAAUUCAACAUGCAGCAGCAUACUUCCCAAAUUCGGCGCCUCCACCACAGACCUACACUACGGGAGUUAAUUACUGUUUAAUGUGUCGCAUAGACUUCCCCGACAAAGAGGAGUUUAUGUUCCACAUACGGACCCAUUUUCCUCCCUCACAACAGACACUUCAAAAUCAAAUUAAACAGGACCCGGCCACCGCUGAAAUGAUAGCUCGCGGAAUGGUUGAUCCUACUUUGUGCAGCUAAAAUUUUCCUCUAUCGUAAAGCAACGUCGACACGUGUCUUACUGUAGUAUAAAAAAAACAAAUAACAUUUUUAAUACUAA